GUAAUGUUGUUCUGCGUAUAGACUUAGCUUUACAGUGGUCUGAAGAUGGCGACGUCCAGUCGCUCUCCGCUACUGCUGCUGUUAUCAUCUGUGUGUCUCUGCGGUUUCGGACCCGUCUUCGGCCUGAAGGCUGCCAGCGGUCCCGCCGCGCCUCCCAACCCGGCUGUCCUCAGAGCCGCCGAACCGCAAGCCAAGGAUGCACCUGCCGCGGCUGCCGUGGCCGCCGCCGCCGCUGGGGCCUCACAGCUUCGAAGGACGACCGGUUGGAAGCUGUCGGAAGAGGAGGCCUGCAGAGCGGACCUGACCCGGCUCUGCCCCAAACACACCUGGGCUAACAACCUGUCCGUGCUUGAGUGCCUCCAGGACCGCAGAGAGGAAACUGACAUUGCCCCUGCUUGCAACCAUCUCCUUUGGAACUAUAAAUUUAAUCUGACCACAGACCCCAAGUUUGAGUCCGUGGCUGUGGAGGUUUGCAAGAGCACCAUCACUGAGCUGAAGGAGUGCAAUGAGGAGGAGCGCGGGAGGGGCUACCUUGUGUCCUGUCUGGUGGAUCACCGCAGCAACAUCAGCGAGUACCAGUGUAACCAGUACAUCACCAAGAUGACCAGUAUUAUCUUCAGCGACUACCGACUGAUCUGCGGCUUCAUGGACAAAUGCAAAGAAGACAUCAACAACCUCCGCUGCGGCAGCAUCAAUACGGGACACAAGGACAUCCACUCGCAGGGGGAGGUCAUCGCUUGUCUGGAAAAGGCACUCGUGAGGGAGGCGGAGCAACAAAAUGGAGUUCAUCCAAUCAAAGAGGAGUGUCAAAGGGCCAUUCUGCGAGUGGCGGAGCUGUCGUCGGAUGACUUUCACCUCGAUCGACAUCUCUACUUCUCCUGCAGAGAUGACCGCGAGAGGUUCUGCCAGAAUAUUCAAGCAGGAGAAGGAAAGGUCUACAAGUGUCUGUUCAACCACAAGUUUGAAGAGGCCAUGUCGGAAAAGUGCAGAGACGCACUGACCACCCGCCAGAAGCUGAUCUCGCAGGACUACAGGGUCAGUUACUCCCUGGCUAAAGCCUGCAAGCUCGACCUGAGGAAGCAUCGGUGCAGCAUCGACAGCAACCUGCCACGAGCUCGCGAGGCCCGACUCUCGUACCUGCUGCUGUGUUUGGAGGCCGCCGUGCACCGAGGUCGCCCGGUCACUGGCGAGUGCCAAGGGGAGAUGCUCGACUAUCGGAGGAUGCUGAUGGAGGAUUUCUCUCUGAGUCCAGAGAUUGUGCUCCACUGCAGGGCCGAGAUUGAGACUCACUGCUCGGGGCUUCACCGCAAAGGUCGCACUCUGCAUUGCCUGAUGAGGAUCGGACGCAGUGACCGCAGUGCCACCGUUGACAGCGUAUGCCAGAGUGCCCUUCAGACUUUAAUCCAGUCUGCCGACCCGGGGGCGGACUACAGGAUCGACAGAGCCCUCAACGAGGCCUGCGAAUCCGUCAUCCAGACGGCCUGCAAGCAUAUCCGCAACGGAGACCCGAUGAUCUUGUCUUGUCUGAUGGAGCACCUGUACACGGAGAAGAUGGUGGAGGACUGUGAGCAUCGGUUGCUGGAGCUGCAAUAUUUCAUCUCCAGGGACUGGAAAUUGGACCCGAUCCUCUAUAAGAAAUGUCAAGGAGAUGCUGCCCGACUGUGUCACACACACGGCUGGAACGAGACCAGUGAGCUGAUGCCGCCUGGCGCCGUCUUCUCCUGCCUUUACCGCCACGCCUACCGCACCGAGGAGCAGGGCCGUCGGGUGGACGCAGAUGAACAGUUAUCACGGGACUGCAAAAUGGAGGUUCAGCGGAUUCUCCACCAGAGGGCGCUGGAUGUGAAGCUGGACCCUGAGCUGCAGAAGCGCUGCAUGACAGAUCUGGGAAAGUGGUGCAGCGAGAAGACAGACGCCGGACAGGAGUUGGAGUGUCUGCAGGAGCAUCUGGAGGACCUGGUGUCGGCUUGCAGGGAAGUGGUGGGCAACCUGACGGAGUUAGAAUCAGAGGACAUCCAAAUCGAUGCGCUGCUGAUCAGAGCGUGCGAGCCCAUGAUCCAGGCCCACUGCCGUGAUUUGGCAGACAACCAAAUCGACACCGGCGAUCUUAUGGAGUGUUUGGUUCAGAACAAACACCAAAAGGAAAUGAACGACAAAUGUUCGGUUGGCGUGACUCACUUCCAACUGAUUCAGAUGAAGGAUUUCCGCUUCUCUUAUAAAUUCAAGAUGGCUUGCAAGGAGGAUGUUCUUCGCUUGUGUCCAAACAUCAAAAAGAAGGUCGACGUGGUCAUCUGCCUGAGUACCACCGUCAGGAACGACACGCUGCAUGAGGCCAAAGAGCAGCGGGUGUCCCUCAAAUGUCGGAAGCAACUGCGUGUGGAGGAGCUGGAGAUGUCGGAGGACAUCAGGUUGGACCCGGAAUUGUACGAGCCCUGCAAGUCGGACAUCGGUCGCCUGUGUCCCAACGUAGCGUUUGGCAACGCCCAGAUGAUCGAGUGUCUGAAGGAGCAGAAGAAGCAGCUCAGCCAACGUUGCCAUCAGAGGAUCUUCAGGCUGCAGGAGGCCGAGAUGACAGACCCCGAGCUGGACUACCAGUUGAUGAGAGUCUGCAAGCAGAUGAUUAAGAGGUUCUGCACUGAAGCCGAUGCCAGAAAUGUUCUUCAGUGUCUGAAGCAGAACAAGAACAGCGAGCUGAUGGAUCCAAAGUGCAAGCAGAUGAUCACAAAGAGACAGAUCACACAGAACACAGACUACAGGUUGAACCCGGUGUUGAGGAAAUCUUGCCGAGCGGACAUUCCCAAGUUCUGCCAGUCCAUCCUGAACAAAGGGAGCGAAGACAGCGAGCUGGAGGGUCAGGUGAUCGCCUGCCUCAAGCUCAAAUACGCCGAUCAGAGAUUGUCUCCGGACUGUGAGGACCAGAUCCGAGUGAUUCUCCAGGAGUCUGCGCUGGACUACCGACUGGACCCACAGCUGCAGAUGCAUUGCUCAGACGAGAUCUCCAAGCUGUGUGCCGAGGAGGCCGCCGCCCAGGAGCAGACUGGUCAGGUGGAAGAAUGUCUGAAAGUAAACCUGCUCAAGAUCAAACAGGACGCCUGUAAAAAGGAAGUGCUGAACAUGCUGAAGGAGAGUAAAGCAGACAUCUUUGUAGACCCGGUCCUCCACACGGCCUGCGCCCUGGACCUGAAGCAUCACUGCGCUGCUAUCACACCCGGCAGAGGAAGACAGAUGUCGUGUCUGAUGGAGGCGUUACAGGACAAGCGAGUUCGCCUGCAGCCUGAAUGUAAGAAACGACUCCAGGAUCGCAUCGACAUGUGGAGCUACGCCGCUAAGGUGGCGCCGGCCGAGGGUUUCUCCGACCUGGCGGUGCAGGUGAUGACGUCGCCCUCCAAGAACUACAUCCUGCUCAUGAUCGCACUGAGCAUGUGCGUCCUCUUCCUGGUGGGGCUGCUGUGCGGUCGCAUCACCAAACAUGUGACCAGAGAACUGAAGGACCGGUAGAGUUCAGCCGUUGCUCCUCCCACUUCAUGUUAAUAAAAUAAAAAAAAAUAAAAAUAAAAAACUGGAAGAGCGCAUGAAGAGAGCCUCGAGAAGACGCACAAGUUUGAAACCACGAGGCAACAUUUUUUUUCCCCGCUUGUACAGGAAGAUCAACCUGCUUGCCAUGACCGCCAUGUUCUCUUUGCAUUAAAUAUCUAUUCAUAUUUUAUACAUAUAUGACUUUUUUUUUUUUUUAUUGUCGGAUCAUUGUUUCUGAUGGGAUUCGUACUCGUGAAAGCCAAAGGAUGCAGUAUCAAACUUUUCCAAUGGCCGUUGCUCCAAGACGGGAUUUUUACGACGGAUUUUUAUGGUCCCAUGGCAACAAACUAAUCCAUACCGGAUGUUGGGGGCUGUCCAGUGGGGGC